CUGAAAAUUGUAGGUCCAUCCCCCGAUGUUGAUUUUGUGAUAUCCAUAUGCUUGCAAAGCAACAUAGCCUCAGUAAGUGGGAAACCUGGUACGCCUCAAACAUUGCAAACUGUGCCUGCUCCAAGCACUAGUGACAUGUCUGGUUCAAGCAAAUUUAAACAAACUAGAGACAGACAACCAGGAAAAAGGAAAGACUCUGAGAGGCAAGAUGAGGAGACAUCGGGCAUACAAAGCCAAGCACAGCCUAGGGAUGCUUUCAAGAUACGGCAGUUACAGAAAGCUCGUGCCACUGCCACUGCCACCAGUUCACGUACUGCAUCCUACGGAAGUGGGAUUUCAGGCGAUCUCUCUGCCAGCUCUAGUUUGUAA